UUCAUUGUUUAUUAUGUUGCCGGGGAUCGGAGUUUUUGGAACGGGCCCCGUGGUCAAAGUGCUGGUGCCGAUUUUAAGAGAGAACGGAUUCAAAAUCGAAGCUAUAUGGAGCAAGAUAUUGCAGGACGCUCAAGCGGCUGCAAAAGAGUUGGCCGUGCCGUUUUUCACCGACAAAAUCGACGAUGUAUUGCUUCGGAGAGACGUCGAUUUAAUAUUUGUCUUGUGUUCUCCGAAUUUGCACGCCCAGAUUUCCGUAAAGGCGCUCGGGAUCGGGAAACAUAUUGUUUGCGACAAACCCGCGGGACUCAAUCAGGUCGACGCCCUGAAAAUGGUCAGAGCGGGUCAAUAUUACCCCACACUGAUAUCGGUAAUUAACCACUCGUUUCGCUUUUUGCCUGCUUUCUUGCACAUGAAGAAAAAGUUGGAGGAAAAUUAUUUAGUAUCCCCCAUGACUUUAAUUGAUAUUAGGAUACAGUGUGGAUCGCUGUUUGGCGACAUUGACACAUUCGAUUGGAAAUGUGAUGACACCAUGGGUGGUGGAGCAUUGAAUCUCAUUGGUAGUCAUAUAAUUGAUUUGGUAACAUUCUUAACCAAUCAGAAAGCAGUUAGGGUGCAUGGAAUAGUAAAAGCAUUUACCAAACAUACCCACAAAAUCAAAGGUAUCAGGCAGAUAACUGCACCAGACUUCUGUGCUUUUCAAAUGGAACUUCAAAAUGGUGUCCUUGUUACAACUACAAUUAACAGUCACACAGUGGGCAGUACUUUCCAACAGGAAAUCAUGAUUUGUAGCAGUACCGCUCACUUGGUUGUGCGCGGUGGAGAUCUUCUUGGUCGGAAAGGAGACAAAAAUGCAGAGGAGGUUAUUUAUUUAGAUGUGGAAGAUUUAAAGUGUCCUUUGCCUAAUUCCUUUCUGCCCAAAACGUUUAUCAAAGGUCUAUGCAAGAUGGUGUCCGCUUUACGUGAAGCAUUUUUACCCGUCAAUGAAAAGGCAGGAUGGAUUAAAGAGCCUGUAUGCUCUGCGGCUAAUUUCGAAGACGGGCUCUAUGUACAAGCCGUUCUCGCGGCCAUUAGGGAAUCGUCGCAGACAAGACAAUGGGUUAAAGUUAGCAUUAUGACCGAACAACCCGAUAAAAACGAGCUGCUUAGCGCCGUCGUCAGACGAACUGCAAUUUCCAUGUCUUAAAAUGUUUUAGAUUAGGAAUAAAGUUUACAAUUUUUUUACUGUGAGAAAUUUAGAUGCGUGGUUAUUUUUACAAACAUUUAUUUGCCUUUAAUAAAAUU